UCCAACAACCAUCGAUAGCCAACUUUGCUCACUCUCUACCUCAUCGCCACCUUUGACGGACUUUCCCAUAAAAACCCCCAAAACCCUCCGCCCCCUUUAUAUUCCCAAUCCCCAAUCCCAAUUCCAAUUCCUCUCUACUCAACAAUGGCAUUCACUCCUACUAACCUCUCCAAGCCCAUCUUCUCCACCAAGCCCACACCCCAAACCCCCCUCUUCUCACUCCCCUCCUCGCACAAGGUCAAAUCCCGCCCCUUCUCCGUCCGCAGCUCCGUCGCCGCCGCCCCUUCACCUCCCGUCGCCGCCAAGGCCUCCAGCAAGGUCAAGCAUGUCAAGGCGCGCCAGAUCGUCGACAGCAGGGGCAAUCCCACCGUCGAGGUCGAUCUGAUCACCGAUGACGACGCGCUCUACCGCUCCGCCGUCCCCAGCGGCGCCUCCACCGGGAUCUACGAGGCCCUCGAGCUCAGAGACGGCGACAAGGCCGUCUAUGGGGGGAAAGGAGUCCUCAAUGCUGUGACGAAUAUUAAUGACUUUUUGGGGCCUAAGCUCGUCGGCAUUGAUGUUAGGAAUCAGAGUGAUGUUGACGGGGUUAUGCUGGAGAUUGAUGGGACUCCAAACAAAUCAAAACUUGGGGCUAAUGCUAUUUUAGGAGUUUCUCUUAGUGUAUGUCGUGCUGGAGCUGGAGCAAAGGGCGUGCCAUUGUACAAUCACAUACAAGAGAUCUCAAACACGAAAGAACUUGUUAUGCCAGUUCCAGCGUUCAAUGUCAUCAAUGGAGGCAGCCAUGCUGGCAACAACCUGGCCAUGCAAGAAUUCAUGAUAUUGCCAGUAGGAGCAAGCUCAUUUUCUGAGGCUUUUCGGAUGGGCAGUGAAGUUUAUCAUAUUCUGAAGGGCAUUAUCAAGACUAAAUAUGGACAAGAUGCAUGCAAUGUCGGAGAUGAAGGUGGAUUUGCUCCAAAUGUUCAGGACAACCGAGAGGGAUUGGUACUGCUCAUGGAUGCAAUUGAAAAGGCGGGGUAUACAGGAAAGAUCAAAAUAGGGAUGGAUGUUGCUGCUUCAGAGUUCUUGACUAAAGAGGGGAAGUACGAUCUCAAUUUCAAAAAGCAACCCAAUGAUGGCGCUCAUGUGCUGACAGCACAAAAACUUGGUCAAUUAUACCAAGAGUUUGUGAGGGAUUUCCCAAUUGUAUCAAUUGAAGAUCCAUUUGACCAAGAUGAUUGGAGUUCGUGGUCAUCCUUGCAAUCUGCAGUUGAUAUUCAACUUGUGGGUGAUGAUUUGUUAGUUACAAAUCCAAAAAGGAUAGCAGAAGCUAUACAGAAGAAGGCCUGCAAUGCUUUACUUUUGAAGGUGAACCAAAUUGGUACUGUUACUGAAUCAAUUCAAGCAGCACUCGACUCGAAGGCUGCUGGAUGGGGGGUGAUGGUUAGUCACCGUAGUGGUGAGACUGAAGACAACUUCAUCGCUGAUUUAUCCGUGGGCUUGGCUAGCGGACAGAUAAAGACUGGAGCUCCCUGCAGAAGCGAGCGCUUGGCCAAAUAUAAUCAGCUUCUUCGCAUUGAGGAGGAGCUUGGCAAUGUUCGCUAUGCUGGUGAAGGUUUCAGAUCCCCGUGAGCUCUGAUCGAAUCGAUUGGGAUGAAUCCAAAGUCUUUCUCUUUGUUGUAUAUUGAAUAUGAUGAGUAGAAGGAAAUUUACUGAAAAUAAAAGAGCUAGACUGGUAGAGAGAGCUUCUUGUGUUUGUGAUAUCUGUGACGAGGCUGAUUGAGUUGUGCAUUUCUUGAGAGAAACCUUGAGGAGAAUGUAACUUAGAACAAUAAGAUUCUCUGUUUUUCUAUUUAAAACUUAUUUUGACA